AUGAAUUCAACAACAGCACUUCUAUUCUUGGGAGGGGCUGCAUCAGCAGCUCUCCUCCUUGCGAUACUGCGCUUUCUAUGGAUCUAUCGAGAGAUUCAAGCACGAAGAAAUGGCUAUGAUGACAAGGAGACCAGAACAGCAUUCAGAAGCAAGAAAUGCAAGACACUGGUGGUGCUGGGAUCAGGUGGUCAUACCAGUGAAAUGCUACACAUGGUCUCACAGCUAGACAGUGCCCUGUAUGAUCCAAUUGUAUAUGUGGUGGCUGAUACGGAUCAUACCUCCAUCCAACGGCUCCAAGCAAAUCCUGAGCUCCACAAGAAUGACACCAUUGUCCACAAAAUUCCACGAAGUCGAGAAGUGGGACAAUCAUUUACGUCUUCAUUUAUCACGACAAUCUAUGCACUGAUACAUGCCAUUGUCUUGACCAUACAGAUUCGACCUGAGCUGGUACUCUGCAAUGGACCUGGAACCUGUGUACCGGUUAUACUGGGAGCCUGGUUGAUUCGAAUGCCAGGAUUUCCUUGUCAAUUUCUGUUUUGUGAGUCAUUUUGUCGAGUUGAAACUCUCAGUCUCGCAGGAAAACUACUCUAUCCAAUUGUGGAUUGCUUCAUUGUGCAUUGGCAAGAAUUGCAUCAAAAAUACCCCAAAAGUCCUCUCUCUUCCACUUUUGUGGUCAAUCACAAUCAACAAUAA